AUGUCACGCCCUUCAUCUAUCGCUCAGCGUCCCUUGACUCUCACCGAGGAAUUGGAAAAGCUCGAGCAGUCCAUCACCCUGACUCUGCAAGAAAUCGACCACAACUUCAGCCGUGCCCACCGCAUCAUUACAACGAGUAUUCUUCCCGUCGUGACCGAAUAUAAAGAAGCCUCCCGUGACGUCUGGGAGGGCGCGAAAUUCUGGAAAAAGUUCUUCGAGGCCAGCGCCAACGUCCACCUCAAUGCAAACGGCGAACAACCCAACCAAGAUGAAACAACCGUCGACGAGACUCUCCCGGAGGACGAGUCGGCCAGCAUCUCGCACAGCCACUUGACCGAAUCCGAAUCCUACCAAACCCCGUCCACCGAACGCAUUGACCACGACCACAAACCCGACGAUCUUGAACUCACGGGUCUAAGCAUCUCAUCCCACAGUACCCCGCGCGUCGCGAUGCACGGAAUCCCCCACAACGACACAACCGUGACCUCCUCCAUCGCGCACCCCUCCCCCUACGAGCACGGGCUCGCCGAGGAAGACGAUGACGAUCACUACCAAGAAGACUCGUAUCUCCCGACAACACCUGGGAAGCAAACCUCGCGCAACACCUACAACCAAUCCUACGCGGACGACAUCCUCUCCUCAUCCCCCUUCGUCCCACCCGUCUCCCACGAAAGGUUCACACCAGGCAGCCACAAAGGCCCCGUAAUGCACCACUUCGCCGACAAAACAUACCGCGUGCAAGCCACGCCCCUCGGAAAAGGCUACGACCCCUCCCGCUCCCGCUUCACCGUGACUCCAAACGCCGCCUCAUCCUCCAAGAAAUACGCCUUCGAGGACUCCCCCAUGUCCAGCCCCGAGCCCGAAGCCCCACAGCUCAACUCGGAGCUCUUCUCCUCCCCACUCAAACCCCAAACACCGGGUACAGGGCGCCGCGGGCGCCCCAGCGCCAACCGCUCCCGCGCGCCACCCAAGCCCGGGACUAGCGUCCUCACGCCGGCGAAGGGUGGCUUCGGCAAGCGCAGCGAAUGGGACAGCGACGACGACGAGCAGUUUACCUACGAUGAUGACGACGACGAGCUAGGUCCCAGUCCACCCAAGACAAUGCAGUUCCAUAUCCCGCAGAGCCGGCUUAUGAAGACGCCGGCCAAGGAAGCCUCGCAGCGAAUCGUGGAGCAGCUGCUUUACACAGCCGGCAUCAAUGAUACCACGGAGGAUUUGCAGGAUGAUCAGAGUCCGAGCGUUAUUCGGAGGAUGGAGAGGCUUGAGGAUGAGACUUUCUAG